AUGGCUCCUAUGUUCACCAGAAAAGCUGCCGCUCUUGAAGAACAACAGAAACUGAAAAAUGCUUUACACGAAAUAAAAUCACUGAAACAAUUAAAUACCCAACUACUGAAGGAACAAGAUGAAAGUGAAGCUGAGAUGAGGAUCAUUAUUGCUAGGAACUCACAGUUAAAGUCUGAACUUGCAAACCUGCACAACGCUCAUACUUUGUUAUCAGAGGAGCGCGACCAACUUCAGUUGGCAGUAGGGUCGUUCAAUCAGUGCAUACAAACUUAUGAAGAGGCUCUGGGAAAGAUAUCUAUGUUAGAGGAUGAAUUAAGCCAAUCUCAACAGUUAAUUUGUGACCUUCAGUCACAAAUAGCAAGUUGUGAAACACAAAAAACAAAUAACUUGUAUGAUGAGCUGCUUGCUUCAUCCUCAACAGCACCCGUGUUGACAAUUGACCUGACCUGUGACAGCCCUUGUGCUGCUAAUAAUAAGCCACAUUCAGAAACUAUCCAUUUAAAUAGUCACAAAAAAAUUAAAAAAUACAUCAAAAUUGGUAAAUUAAUUAAAAAAACGAAAAAAUUAAUAAAAUUUCAGAAAUUAUGUAAUAAAAACAUUAGGCUUAGAAAAGAACGUUCAGAUUUAUUAAAUAAGCUCAAUACAUAUUGUUCCUCACUGCAAGAGAUGAGAGUUCAAUAUGAAACUGACGUUCGGAGUCUUAAUGAGGAGAUUCUAAAACUGGAAAACUCCUUGAAAACAGUUACUUCCCAGUACGAGCUGUCACAGAAACAGGUCGGUGAGCAUAUACUGGCCGCUGAUGAGCUGUUAGCCUUAAGUAAUUAUAAUAUAGAUCGUCUUGACUCUCUGAUCAAUAGAUGUGAGUGCUCAAAUAAG